CUUGCUAUGAUGUGUUUUUUAUUUAUUUUUAUUAUUAUGGAAUGCGUAUAAGCAUGUUCUUUAUGAAUUUGAGGAAUGUUGUAAUUGAAUUUAAUGAGUUGCAUCAUCUUAUACUCAACCAGUUUAGAUUAAAUGGCAUCCCACAAAGACACAGUCAUUGCAAAGUGGACCGACCAAUUGACCCAAUUGUUUGUAAGUGUCAUGGUAGACGAGGUUAAAAAGGGAAAUCGAACUACUACUACCUUCAACAAAGCGGGGUGGAAUAACAUUCAGCGAGAGUUCAAUAAUCGGACGGGACGGAAGUAUACUCUAGCUCAAUUCAAGAACAAGACUUUCAAAGUGAAGGACGAAUACGGUAGUUUUAAGAAGGUUCUUAGCCAAUUGGGAUUUGGAUGGGAUAAUGUAAACAAAAAGGUUGUCGUGGAGGAUGACACUGUUUGGGGGUAUCAUAUCAAGGCUAAUCCAAAAUGGGCCAAAUUCAGGAAUGAAGGGCUUCCUUUGUAUCCUUAGCUUUGUAUUUUGUUUGGGGAUGCAUAUACUACUAGGGAGUAUACAACGGGAAAUGUGCGGGAGUUGGUGUCAUCAAAUGAUGGUGAUAAUAGUGCUUUUGGUGAAAAUGACGGUGGUGAGGAAUUAGGAGCAUGACAUCCACGGGUUGGAGAGGGGUCGGGUAAUGAAUACCAAACUGGAGAUGGGUUCGAUAAUGAACCGAUGGCUACCCUAGCUUGUGAGAAGCACAAGUUGGAUAGGACUCCAAAUUCCAAAAGGAGGAAAAAGAGCAUUGCAUAAAAUUUUGCCAAGACUCGCAAAGUCAUUCAAGAAGCCGUCAAAAUGAAGAUGAGUCAAUCAUCACAUACCUCUAUCACCUCACAUGCUCCACAACCUGUAGACCCCUACUCCAUGGGAGCUUUGAUUGCUAUCCUGAAAGGCAUGCUUAACAUGAACCCAAGCCUUUUACACCAAAGCGGUGAACCAUACUUGCCUAAAUGCUGCUUGGAGAGAGGCUUUCGUCCUAACGUAACCCGAAUGGAGACUUGUACUUCUUAAUUCUAUUUAACUAGAUAUUCUCAUAUGCUAUGAACUUAUAUAUGGCUUCAUUUCAAUGAAGACCUAUGCAUUUGAUACACUUUGGCUUUGUUUUUAUUAUGCUACUAUGGUUAUGUUGUGACUUAUGUCGAUUACUUUGGAUUGCUAGUUAUGCCUUGAUUAUUAUUUAAAUUCCUUACUUAUCAGUAGAUA